UCCAAGAUGGCGGCACGUGUUGGGUUUUUUAGGCUUUCUGCUUUUUCUAACAUUUCUUGUAAGAAAAUCCCGAUAGAUCGUAGAAUAGCCUCAAGGAAUCUUCAUUCACUUUCAAAAUCUCCUGGUGUUGGUAUUUCCAAAACUACAACUAAUUCCUCCUUGGUAAUCAUUGGAAAAUAUUCGAGAUCGACACUUUUUUCAAGUUCUUAUGGCUUACUGUCAAGUAAGAUUCAAACACCAUCAUUUCAGAGGAGUUUGAGCAUGUUUGUUGGUAUUUUGCACCAUAGCAAAAUAGCAUCCAGCACAGAACAUAUUGUAAAACCAGCGUAUGGUAAUAUGGAGAACAGGUUUACUGUGAUAGCUAGGAACAUUAACAUCAUGAGCAAACGUGGGAAAAGAAAAACAUGCAAGGCUGUUGCUAAGAGAGUUCAUCGCACUGGAAAAGGGAAAUUAAAAAGAUGGAGGGCGGGAAAGAAUCAUGGGAUGAUAAGGAAGAGUAACAAACGACGAAAACAGCUCAAGAAACCAACGUAUUGCAAUAAGCAGCAACUGAAACUACUUAAUAAAAUGUUAAAUGGAUGGUAAAGAGACAAUGAUCACUGCGGGAACCAAAAUUAAUCAUGAACCAGAAAAGCCAAAUAUAUAGUUAAACCAAGGACUAAUCGGCUCUGGUUUUUUAAGUAUCUCAGGAGUUUGGAACAUGAACUGAAUGAGCAUAGGCAUUUUCUGAGUUCAAUAAACAGGAUGUGUUCUUGUCAUUUAUCCAGCAUAUCUAGAAUGGGUCAUGUUUACUAUCUUAGAAAACUAUAUUUUAUCAUUUGUGGAAGUUUAGAAGAGCUGUACUGCGCCAGGAGGAGGAAACCUUCAGUCCACUUUCCCCAAGCAAAUUUGUCCCGAAUAUAACUGUUUAUUUUUUAUUCAAUAUCGUAACUGGUGUAAACAUCAUGCAAGAAUCUAUAAAAACUCUGAUAGGUUGUAGGUUGUUUUGUAAGAGGAAAUGCAUGGUGUAGAGCAGAUCAAUGUUGUGUGACUGAUGAGGUAUAGAAGUAAGGGGGAGGGUACAAUUAGUGAACUGGUCCAGCCCAAGGGGCUGUGUUUCUUCCUACAGACUCAUUUAUGCAGAGUUAGUUUCAUAUCAGUGUCUAAAUAUUCACAAAUACCAAUGGUAAAGUAAAGAAUGCACAACUUCAACAAUACAAACAUUUUGUAAUUCAACAGACCUUGACUGGAACACAUCAAUAUUCUGCACAAAAUCGAGGUUAACCCUGCGUAAAUGAGUCUAAUCAAGGAACACAGUGGAAAUUUUGGAACUCCAAACUGCCCCUUUUUAUAAUUUAAUGUGUUGUGAUUUGUGACGUUCAAAAAAUAGUGCAUAAACAACUAGUACAUUUCCAAUUUAAUUUUCUUGUGAAGUGUCAUAAUAUAAAUGAUAAAUAACAUAUUUGUUCAUAUUUUGAUAUAAAUAAAUCCUUUUCAUGUACAAUCUGCCUGUAAGGUAGGGCUUAAAAUAACAGCUGGUCAUGACGACUGCCCCAAUUAGUAAUUAUCCAUGGUCCAAAUGACUGAUGAGCAAACAUUUGACUGAAGAUAUAACUAGCUAAAAACUAGUGUGAGCUGUGUCAAUGUUUCUAAUGAAACAGUAAUGAUAAAAAGGUAAAUUAUACACCKUGAAAAGAUGAAAAAACUUACUGACGUUUCGGACGCUAGUCCUUCAUCAUUUGACUGGACAAGUUCCAAUUUUGGGCAUACAUUGUGCGAUGACCGGUUAUUUUAACUCCUGUAAGGCUACCUAAAACACACCUAUCCAGAAAGUGAACAUUGUAAAAAACUAUAAAAUAAAAACCAUGUUUGGUUCAA